GCGGGCACCGUAGGGCGAGCGGGUUGCUUCGCGUCCUCUUGGACCGCCUCACACCGCUGCGGACAGCAGCAGCGCAAAGCCGCAGUCGAACCUCGGUACCGAUCGUCGUUGUCCCCGUUGCGGAUGUCCGCCGGGGGGGGCGGAGGACGGGAAGAGGAGAGCGGGGUUUCGAGAUGGGUGGAGGCCGGCAAGAAGUGGCUCGUCGGGGUCGCGCUAGCCAGCAGCAUCGUGGGGGGGGGUGGCCUGCUGUCCCCUGGCGCGAUGCCCGCGUUCGCGGGCUCCCCCGAGGAGACAAAGGAGGUCGGGCUUUGCCUGCUGUCCGAGUGCCGGGGGGCGCUAGCGUCGUGCCUUCUCAACCCUAAGUGCUUCGCGAACAUCAUCUGCCUGCAGACAUGCAACGGCCGGCCCGAUGAGGGUUAUUGCCAGAUCCGCUGCGGUGACCUCUUCGAGAACGAAGCCGUCGGGAAGUUCAACGCGUGCGCUGUGUCCAAGAAGAACUGCGUCAAACAGCGACAGGACGACGGCUCCUGGCCGGUACCCCCUAUCGAGUCGCAGGUCAAGUCUUUCAACCCCAAGCUGAUGGAGGGGCAGUGGUACAUCUCCGCCGGCCUUAACCCGGCCUUCGAUACCUUCGACUGCCAGGUGCACUUCUUCAACAGCCCAAAGCCCGGCAAGCUUGUAGGCAAGCUCAACUGGCGCAUCAAGGAGCCCGACGGCGAGUUCUUCACGAGGGACGUGGUGCAGACGUUCGACCAGGACCCCAAAAACCCGGCACACCUGGUCAACAAGGAUAACGAGUACCUCCACUACCGGGACGACUGGUAUAUCCUCGAUUCAGAACCGAACUCCCACGUUCUGGUGGUGUACCGGGGCAGCAACGACGCGUGGGACGGGUAUGGCGGCGGCACGCUCUACACCAAGGACAAAACCGUGCCGCCAGGGAUCGUGGAGCGCGUGAAGGCCAAGUCUGAGGCUGCCGGCAUCAAGUGGGAACGGUGGCAGUACAAUGACAACACCUGCAAGCCCCAGACAAGCGAGACGGCUGAGAUGCUGCGGGAGAAGUACGCCAAGAAGUUGAUCUUGUCGGAGGGGAAGCAGCUCCAGGAACAACUCACUGCUGUCCGAGGGUAUGCUGCGCAGGAGGUUAACGAAGUGGAGUCGUCGACGCUGGAGAAGCUGGAGGACCUCAAGCAGGAGUACGAGGUGGAGGUGGAGCAGCUCGGGACCGACCUGGCGGCUGCCUUCGAAACUGAGCUGCGGUUGUUCGAGGAGGGCUUGGCCGGAGAGGCUAACACCGUCAUCAAUGAAGCCACGAGUAUUAUUAAGGGCACCGGCAACAGCAGGGACUGAGCAAUGGGGGGUUCCCAAACGGAAUAGAAUCAAUAUUUGGUGGGUGUGGGAAAGGUCUGCACGACUAAAUUCAGGCGUGUGGUGUGGCGGUGGGAACGGAUCGGGUGCCGCCGCAGCUGUUUCGCCGGAGCUGUCCGAGCCUGGUGUGUGCCCUAUUCAGGGCCGCUUUUUUGUUUUGAGUGUUCGUUUUGUUUCUCAUGCCAUGCCGUGGCGGAUCUUGUCGGCAGGGAUUGCUUACUUUUUUUGCGAGCCACACCCGGCUCCAUCGGACUAGAAAUAAUGUCUUUCGUGAUUGCGGUUCGCAACCAACCGUAGAUUUGGUUGACCCGGACUAGGUAGAUCCGGCUAUGGCCUACUUCGUUGGACCGCGAAGACUAGGUAGAUCCUGCUUUGGCCCGGUUCGUUGGCGAGCGGGGAAUAGGUAGAUCCGGCUUUUGGCACCGCUUUGUCGGGGACAACGGAGAUCAGCCGCGAAAGGUCUGGUUUAGGCUCGCUUCCCUUUUUCGCGAACAUGGAUCGCGUAGAUCCAGGGUGUACGAGGAAGCGUGAGAACGCUGUGGCGUUACCACUAGGCGAUAGGAUUUGAGCUGUCAACAUUCAGCCUUCGGAGCAGCGCAAGGUUUGUUCCCGAUGAAUCGAGGCUUGAAACGGCAAACGUGUGACCCUACUAAAGAGCUUACUGCUGGGCAUUGAAUGAUGCUGGAUUCAAGGUGAUGAAAGCUCUUUUCUACUUUUUCCGUGAACCCAGGGCUCCAGAGCGCUACACUUUUGCUGGUACGGGUCACGGUGGAGUGUCCGGUAGGUCUUGGAGGGGGG